AUGGUUAAAUUAACAAAAGAUGAGAAUGAAGUUAAGGUAGAUCCCACUUUAUACCGCAGUAUGAUUGGCAGUCUUUUGUAUCUCACUGCUAGUUGUCCUGAUAUAUGUUAUAAUGUUGGGGUAUGUGCUAGGUACCAAGGAAAUCCCAUGGAGUUACAUGUGACUACUGUAAAAAGAAUUAUUAGACAUGUUCACAGUACUCUAGAAUAUGGGAUUUGGUACUCUAAAGAAACAAAUUCUAAUCUUGUGUGGUUUAGUGAUGUCGAUUGGGCAGCUGAGGCCAAGUACAUUGCUGUUGACAGUUGUUGUACUCAGCUGUUAUGGAUGAAACAAAUGAUGUUUGAUUAUGAGUUUGAAUUGGACACUUUAAGCAUUUUUUGUGACAGUACCAGUGUUUCACAUUUUUUGAUAACAGUAGAAGAAAAUGUUUUGGUCAUUUAUUAA